AUUUUUUUCAGACAAAAAACAAAGUUGGUACAGCUUGUGUUCAAAAACAUUAACAGAACUCUCACUGUCUCUAACUAAAACCGAAUACCCAAUUGUACAACAGCUCUUAAAUUUUCAAAAUCACCCCACAUACCAAAAAAAAGAAGAAGUAAGCUGUUAUAUCAGUAUUCAGUAAUGCAGUGAAGGCACCACUUAUAGUAAACAAAGGGCUCAGCUUUUUCAAAACCAAAGAAAACCAAGCUAGAAAGCAGUAAGUGAGAGAGAGUUUGGUGCUUGCAUGGAGAGAAUAUCAAUGGGAACAACUAUAACAAGAAGGGCAAAAUGGCAAUACCCUCCAGCACAACCGACGCCAAGAAUCCUUCAUUUGCCACGCAGGCCUAGAAGGAAAGCUCCAAAGCCAAGUCCUUCUAAACUGCCCAGUGCGCAAAAGGAGAGAAAAGGGAAGCUGGAGAGCUUGUUUGAUCAAGAAAGGUCUUUUACAAGAGGGGUUGUUCCAGUGGUGCUGGUGAGUCCAAGAGAGAGUGAUGCAGAGAGGAGGAGAGAGAGAGUGGAGGAGGAGAAGAGAGAAAAUAGUGCUGUAGUUUUGGUUGAAGAAGAGAAGUGGAGGUUCCAAGCUGAGAUGUUGAGAGCAGAAUGUAAUUUGUUGAGGAUGGAAAGAGAGAUUGCUGUUAAGAAGAUGGAGAGAAGAAGGGUGCAGAUGGAGAGGACCUUGAAAUCUGCUGUCCAGACUUUGCUUUCUGGAAGAAAGAGUAUUUAUGAAGGAAAAAAUGUGAGCUUGGUAUUGGAGGAGCAGAUCAAUGAUUUGGUGGAGAAAUUAGAAAAGAUGCAAAAGAGAUCAGGAAUAAAAGACUUGGACGUUAAAAAAUGUAGUAAUUUUGAUAAGCAAGCAUCUUUUCUCCAAAGGAGGCUAGAGAAGUUUGGAGGAAUCUCUGAUGAAGAAAUAUGUGUGAAGGAGAUUCGAGAGAUGGCAGAAGCAAGCUUGUCAGUCAAAGUCAGUAGCGAAGCAGAUGAGAACUUUGUUUCAAAUCGCAGCAGCAAUGUGGAAAUUUUGAGAAGAAGGAUGGAGGGAUUGUCAAAGGGGAUUCUGUUGGAGAGAAUGAAGGAGGAAUAUGGUUCAAUGCUCUCCACAGCUAACAGUUCUGCUACCAGUUCUGCCUCCAGUUCAAAGAGGAUCGAUUUUUCUGAUUUAUCCUUGGCACCGAUACAGCAAUUACUUCAAAGGUAAAUUUGUUGAAUCAUAAGUGUCUAGCCUUCAGUUCUAUGAAUACUUCAAAAACUGCUUACCAAAAAAUGUGGUAGUAAAAGAUUAUUCCCAAUGGGUAUGAGACUUCUAAAUUUAUCUGGCAGACACAUUCGUCUUUCAUACAAAUGGCACUCUAUGAGCACAAUGGUUUAUAAGGUGAAUUUGGGUGACCCAGUGUCAUCUCAUAUAAACAUAAGCAGAAUCAACCUGCAGGAUGUGCUUUGAUCCUAGCUCAUUUUUGCUAGAAUGUGGAGGGUGGCUGAGGCAUUGCCUCAAUGCUUACCUUUCUUCAAAAAUGAUCAAAUCAUUCUAUUCAUGGCAAUGCUCCUUGUUUUAGACUGUUGAUUAUUUGGUUGGCUGACAUGCAGAUAUCAAGAAGUACAUACAUUUGUCAUUAUUGAGGAGCUCUUGAAAAAUGUUAGCGAAUGAUGCUUAGACUGUUUCUGCUUUUCAUUGUCAGAUCAUUUUUGCUGUUCAAACAAUUGUGGGGUCUAUGAAUGUCAGAUCAUGUUAGUUUUGUCUUAUCUUACACAGAGAACACUCUUGUCUUGGUUGUGUUGCA